CCCAUUAUUGUCUUCCAAUCCAGCAAAGAACCCUAUUUCCCGUCUUCUCUCUGUUCCACUCUUUCUGUAACAGUCACAGAAAACACCAAAAUUCGAUCCAAUGUUCAGUUAAGAUUGUUCCAUUCUUCCACAUUUGUUUGCAAUAAUUGUACUCAGUUUCUUCAACAAAAUUCCGUUGGUUUCAAAUAAGGAGGGAAGAGAUUGAGAGAUGGGAAGUAACUUUCCCUCUCUUCCAUUGAAGCGAUCAGUAUCACACAUGCCGGCGACUGGAAUGGCUGAUACACACGUCGGCAUGGCCAAUGGUUCAUCUAAGUCGAAGAGGUCCAAGCAACCUCCGCCGCUCAUCAUUCCUCCGGGCCAUAUCGCGUUUCGAAUGCUCUGCCACGCUUCAAGAAUCGGCGGGGUUAUUGGGAAGUCGGGCUUUGUGAUAAAGCAACUUCAGCAGUCCACCGGAGCGAAGAUUCGCGUUGAGGAAGCUCCCAGCGAAUCGCCGGACCGGGUUGUUACUGUGAUUGGACCGCCGGCACUUACCUCCAGGGUGUUCCUGGAUCAAAACCCUAGCGGCCCUGGGGCUAAUGGGGAGGAAUUCGAGGCGUCGAAGGUCCAAGAGGGGCUUCUGAAGGUGUUUGAGAGGAUUUUGGAGGUAGCAGCUGAGAGUGAGGGGGUUGGAGUUGGUGUCGAAGUUGGAGUUGUUUCUUGUAGAUUGUUGGCGGACGUAGCUCAGGUUGGGUCAGUUAUUGGCAAGGGAGGGAAGGUCGUUGAGAAGAUAAGGAAGGAGAGUGGGUGUAAGAUCAGGAUUUUAACAGAUAAUUUGCCGGCUUGUGCAGGACCUUCUGACGAGAUGAUUGAGAUAGAAGGGGAUGUUUUGGCGAUUAAGAAAGCACUUCUUGCUGUAUCUCGCUGUCUUCAAGACUGUCCUCCAAGUGACCAGAUGAGAACAUUUGCAAGUAGACCUUCUGAAGCAGUCAUCCAUGAGACUUUACCUGAUCUGCAUAUGGAUCAUAUUUUGCAGCGGAAUUCAAUUCCACCCAUCUUUCCAAGCAGUUCAAGCAUUUUUGCUUCAGGAAUCCAUUCAUUCUCUCUAGAUGCUGAUGUUCUGUCCCCAGGAGACACGAACAUUUUGCAGCAGGAAGUUGUUUUUAAGAUUCUUUGUGCCAGCGAUAGGAUUGGGGGUGUGAUUGGCAAGGGUGGUACAAUUAUUAGAGCUCUACAGAAUGAAUCCGGUGCCACUGUAAGUGUUGGACCAUCAGUAGUUGGUUGUGAUGAAAGACUGAUUAGUAUUACUGCUUCUGAGAACAUUGAAUCGCGAUACUCGCCAGCACAAAAGGCUGUUGUUCUCGUUUUCUCUAGGUCUGUAGAUGUGGCAAUUGAGAAGGGGCAAGACAUGAGCUCAGGGAAGGGAUCGCCUGUUGUGGCACGGCUUGUUGUUCCAUCGAAUCAAGUUGGCUGUGUGUUGGGAAAAGGAGGUGUUAUAAUCUCUGAGAUCAGGAAGGUUACAGGUACAAACAUAAGAAUAAUAUCGAGUGAGCAGGUCCCGAAGUGUGCUGCAGAGAAUGAUGAAAUAGUGCAGAUUUCAGGAGAGUUUUCAAAUGUUCAAGAUGCUUUGUACAACGUAACUGGUCGACUGCGGGAUAACCUUUUUUCUAGUGCGCUGAGUAAUUCUGGAACAAGGAACGGCGCUGGUACCUCUAUUUAUCAUGAGACCAGCCCAUAUGGAAGAGUAAGGGACCCCGCACCUCUAGUUCGGACAACUCCGGUUGCCACUUCUCAUGGUAGUUUUAUACAACAUACUACAGCUCAAAAUACAGAUGACUUGGGUCUUUCUCAUAGUUUAGACAGUUCAUCAUCACCUGGGUUUUGGGCAUCGCAGUCUUUAUCUGGAGUAAGUUCUAGGGACAUGUCAGAUGCUGGUAGAGGUUUGCCAUCUCAUAGGGGCGGAGUACAACAUGGAAGUGGGAGCAAAACAGCUGUAGUGACGAACACGAUGGUCGAAAUUGUAGUUCCUGGCGAUGUUAUCAGCUUAGUGUAUGGAGAGAAUGGCACAAAUUUAGCUCGUCUAAGACAGAUAUCUGGGGCGAAGGUGACGGUGCACGAACCCGAUCCCAUAACGAGUGAUCAGCUUAUCGUGAUAUCUGGAGCACCUGAUGAAACCCAGGCAGCACAAAGCCUCCUCCACGCAUUCAUUCUCACUGGAUCCUCAUGACAAAAUUUUAUGCAUAGCAGGUUUUUGAAUCCCUCCCUCCCUGAAAAUGUUGUACACUUAAAAAUUCAACUCAGGGCGAUAAGUUUAUUGCAAUCGUGUUAGUUUAUUUUGUUUCCUGCAGCAAAUUAUAAAUAGAUAACCCUCUGACGCCCUCCCUUGAAGGAAAAAAAAAAAAAAAAACCCCACAAAAAAGAAGCUUGAGAACAUAUUAAUACAUUUGUAUGAUUGUUCACCACUUGAUCUUAACGAAUUCUUUGUGAUUGACUUUCCAAAGGGAAAAAAAUGUAAGUAAAAAAACCCUUUUGGUCCA